AUGUCUAAUUAAGGAUCGUCAAUGAAAGAAAUUGAAAUACCCACUCCAAGUGGUAAAAGCAAUUCAUAAUUGUAAUCAGUAAGUGAUAAUGCUGAUUUACAAAGAGAUUCAGAUCCAACAAUUCAAAAAAGGGAUUUUUCUGUAUCUCAAUUUUCUUAAAAUGCCAUUAAACCUAAAAAAUUGAGAAGAAUUAUUUAGGCUAUGGACAUAAUUGGAAUGCUUGGAUUAUUAAUUUAUUGCAUUUUAAUACAAUCUUAUUACUCAACCAUAUAUUUGAUAUGUUUGCUCUUAAUUUUAAAUUACUCCUAUAUUAGUAGCUAUAAAGGAGUUUAAGUAAAAGAUGGAAAACUUUAUCCUUUGGAAGAAUUUGCAGCUUAAUAAGAAUAAUUUCAUAAUACUAAUUAGAACUAAGAGUAAUCUGAAAAUAAUUUUAUAACUCAAUAUUGGUUAGUUCUUAAUGAUUUUAAGAAGACAAUUUGGUAUAGUUUUGUUAUAGUUUCCGCAAUCUCUUUAAUAGUUAAGCUUACAUUAUACCCUAUAGCUAAAAAUGGAGUAAUUUAAAUUAAUAUAGUAAGGGUUAUGCAAUGAUGUCAAUUGAAAACUUUAGAGGAUUGGAAGUCUAUUUCACAUUGAUAAAUGGUAAAAUCACAGUCUCUUCAGCAGAACAAGGAUUAGCAUUUGCACCUAACUGCAUAAUGUUAACUUUAGCAAUAAUUAUUUUAAUUUUCAGAAAUGUCGAAAUUAAAUAAGAAUUCAAUGAAUUAUCAGAUAGUCCUAUUUUGACUAAAUUUUUUAUUGUAAUCAUUUGCCAAUUUAUAUUUAGCUAUUAAUGUUACUUAAUUUGAUUGUCUUAACUUGUUGUACUAAAUCUCUAAUUGGCCUUGUUAUGUGGGGUUUUUAAUUGGUUUUGCUGUUAAAAAUGUAUAACAAUCAAUUAGUAGAUAAACUAUAUUUUAUAAUUUUGAAGAUAGUAAUUAUGGUAAUAUUAGUGGUUAUGUUUUUCAUCAGCACACCAAUUAAGAAAGUUAUCCUUUAAAAUAAUAGAGCUGCAUCUUUCACAUUAUAAUUUUCUGGAUUUUAAUUAUUUGGUUACUUUUCGAAUUACGAAGCCCAAGCCAUUCUAUUUAUUAUCUUCUCAAUUAUUGUACUAAAUAUGCUUUGUUUAGUUAGUUAAAAGAUUAAAACCUAGAAUAUCAAAAAUCAAUUUAAUUAUACUGUAUAAGAGAUCUCUUAAUAAUAUAAAGACUUUAAAUAGUUUAAAGAGUUUAUUAAAAGUUAAAUGGAUAAUAUUUCUGUAGAUAUCAAUGAUUCACCUAAAGGAAAGAGAAAAAUUAGUGUUGAAGUAAAUUAAUUAGAAGGUUCUAAUAAAAUUGAAUCUGAAGAAGAAAUAGAAAUUUCAGAAGAAGAUAUUGAUGAAUAAGGUAAUGAUGAAUCAGAUAAUGAUGAAUCAAAAGAAAAUCCUAAUAUUGAAAAAGAGUCAGAAGAUUAAUAAGUUUAUACUACUUUUGCAUAUUUUAAUAAAAUUGAGAAAGCUUGGUAUGAUUAAUUAGAAAGUUUAAAAAAUACAAUUGAUAAACCAUUGAUUUCUUUGAUUAUAUUACAAAUAUUGUCUCUAAGUAUAGUCAUACUGUAAUAGACAUAUUUUUCAAUUUUACUGGUAUGUUGGCUUAUUUUAACAGGAUUUACAUUAAAUUUUAAAAUAAUUAGACUGGCUACAGUAUUUUGUAAUAUUCCUUCAUUAUUGAUCAAUUUUUUUACUUUCUAUUACAGCAAUAUAACAGGAUUAGAUAGACCUGAUAAUUUCUAUUAAUUUUGUCCUUCUAGUGAAUAUAAAAAUAUAGAUGAGUUACCAAAAACAGUAUGUUAGAAACUUGGAUUCUUUUAUUAAGAUAAUUCAGCUGUGAAUUCAAUUCUGAUGAAUUGUACUUUAUGUUUAUUUUUUUUGUUCAUUAAAUAAAUUGAAGAACAAUAAGAAAAAGAAUAAUAAAUAAAAAGUUAAACUAAUGAAAUUGAAGAAAAGUCUAAAUGGUUUAAUAUAUUUUUAGCAUUUUAUUUUAGAAUAGGAUUUUUAAUGGUAAUUGUAUUAUUAUAUUGGGUUGGAUUCAAUGAAAUUAAUGUAAUUUAAUUUAUUAUGAUUCUACUUUUGAUAAUAUUUAUUGUUAAUUAAUCAAAUAAAUGUGAAUAUAAAGGAAAGAAAGUACCUUUUCAAUAAAAAUAUUGGAUAAUUCUAUUGGUUUACAUGAGUGUCCUUACUUUAAUAAAAUAUUUAUACAUUUUAUUUGGAGUUUAAUAAAGUUACUUUGUUGUUUAAGUAUUAGGGUUUAAUAUGUUAAAUCGCUAAUUAGUUUUGAAUUGGCUGUUGUUUUAUUUGACAAUAGUUCAAUAUUAUGGAUUUAAUACUACUUUAUAUGAUUAAUAUUCAAAUGUAAAAUAAAUAUUAUAUUUUAGAGAUUAAUAGCAACUAUUUCAUAAGUUGAUAGUGUGAAAGAAAAUGCUCCUAAUUUUAGAUAUCAUUUUGGAAUUUUAGAAACUAUUUAUGGUCAUUCAUUGAUAUGGACAGCAUAUGUAAUUAAUAUAUGCUUUUUGUUAUUCACACCUUAUAGUUAUCUAAAUAAUAUAUUAUUAUUAUAUAUAGGAAUUGUUUUCUUAUAUCAUGUAAAAUAAAUAAAUUCAUAAAUUAAUUACAUAAAAUUAAGAUUAUUAUGGUAUAUAUACAUGUAAUUAUUGCUAAUAGCUUUUGCAUAUAGAUAUCUCUUUUCAUUUUUGUAAAUUAUUAUAAAAUUUAUUAAUUUAGUUGUGUUCCAGAUUUAAAUGAAAAAUCAGAUGGAUUUUAAAGAUUUUAUGAUAAUCUUUAAUUAUAUUAUUAGGAAGCUGGUCUUUAUGCAUAUUCUACAGAUAAUUUAAGAAUGGAAUACUUGGCUGAUACUUUAAAUAUUUUAUUUGGUGCUUUUGCAUUGAAUUAAUUGUCAAAAUUUAAGAAAUUGUAAUUAAAAUAAAAUAAUUUAAAUUUAAAUGAAUCUAAUUCAUAAAAUAUUCUAGAUUUAAAAAUAUUAGAAUAAUAAAAGUGGCUGAAAUCUAUUUUGAUUGGAAUUGCUCAUAUUAAUACUGAUUUAAUUACAAUAUAUAUUGUAAUAUCUUGUGUACUUUAUCUUAGAUCAAUAGCUGCAUUUAUAUUAUUGACUUUGUAUUUAAGUUAUUUUUAUCGAGUGCAUAAUACUAUUUUAGAUAUUCUAGAUGAGUAAUAAAGUUUAUCAAAACUAUAAAAAUGUAAAACAUUAUAUAGAUUUAGAAAUUUAUCUUCUCAAAAAAUUAUACCUAGAAUUUGCUUCAGAUAUAUCUCAUAUAGAUGAAACUAAGAACAUUAAAAGAUUGAAUGACUAAAUUAAGUUAUUGCGAUUAAACACUAGAAUCAAACUUAAAAGAAAAAUAUGGUUAUAUUCAUUUUAUUUUACUGCCUUUUGUAUUUUCCUUUCUUACCUAUCUUAAUUUCUAUCUACUGAAUCAUUUACAGAAAUUGUUAAUCCUCCAUUAUGGGUGGAUUAUACAGUACUUAGUUUUUUUAUUUUUGGAACUUAUUCAAGAUAAUACAUAAUUACAAAUUAAUGUUAUUGUGGUUAUGAAUCAAAUAAUAAUGAUUGUAAUGAAAGUAAUUAUGUUUAAACUGAAUCAAAUAUGUGGUAGGUUUCAUGGUUUUAUUUAUUUUUAUUGUUUGUUAAUGUAAUUGAUACUGCUUGUACAAAGAUUUUAGAAGAUGAUUUAACUAAUAGUAUAGAAAAUCUAUAAGAAACUUAAGAAAUGAAUUAAAUUGAAGAAUCAAGGAUUUAAAAUUAAUCUUAUGAAGAAAGUAAAGAAAUAUUUGAUUAAAAAUAUGAUUUUAUCAUUUUUGUUAAAAGUCAUAGUGAAUAUAAUUCAUUUGAUAGAGAAGUAUUAAUUUUGAAUUACUUUAAAAAUAAAAGUAGAUUUGUUAAGAUAUUACUUCAUGAAUCAUUAUUUAAGAUUUUUUAAAGAUUCCUUAUAUUACUUUAUCUAUCAAAUACUUUGCUUGUUAAUACUAUAUUUUCAUUAUUCUAUUUAAUAAUAUCUGUUAUUUUAUUUUAAAUGAGUGCUACAGUAAAAAAUACUAAAAUGUUAAACUCUAUAGCAAUAUUCUCAAUCUUAUUUUAAUAUUUCCUUUAUUUAUUAAAUUGGACUCCUUCAAUUAAUAAUGUUCCUAAGUUGAACAAUUUUAAUUUAACUCCUGAUGAUUUUAAUAUAAUGGCUAAAACAAAUUUAUCUGAUUAUUGGUUAGCCUUUUUAGGAUUUGAAAGUACAGAAAUUAUGGAUUGUGAUUAACUUAAUUAGAGUGUAUUUUAAGAUAUGAAGUGUGAAACUAAUCAAUUAUUAAAUAUAGUUAUUGUAUUUAAUUGUCUCAUAGUAUCUUUUAUUUAUUUAUAUUUUAUAAUGCUUGAGUGGUUUUGUAAUCAAAUAUAUAAACAAUCUAUAAAAAUGAAGAACGAAUUUAUAAUAUGCAAAAAAGUACUUAGUAAUCAUAGUGACAGUCAAAUUAUUAUUACUUAUAAUUUAUGGAGAUAGAAGAAUUAUAGUUUUAGACAUGUAUUGAUAUAAACAAUCACUAUGAAUUAUCAUUUAAUUCUCUUUGGAUUUGUGUUGUUGUUAUGUGAAAUGAAUAGAUCAAUUUUUAAUUUUCUUUAAUUACUUAUACUUAUUGGAUUUUUAUAUGUUGCAGAAUUCCAUUUUAAAUGGCCCUAUGCUUUUUCUGAAAGGAGAAUAAUUAAAGCAUUUUAUCAGGCAAUAUUUACAUUAUCUGCUAUCAUUAUUGCCCUAUUUACCUUAUUAAAAGUACCAACCUUUUUAGAAUAAUGUGUUAAUGCUUCAAUAAUUAGAAUAGAUGUAGGGAAUGGAUUAGAAUUCUAUUGUAUGGAAGCCUUUAAUUUAAAAAUUGAUGGAUAGAUUUUCUUGAUAUUCUUCAUUUCAUUAUAUUUUGAUUUAUAACUAUCCAAUCAUCUGAAAACUACAUAAGAUAAUUAUUAAUCCAAAUUAAAAUUAAGAUCUAGAAUGGUAUCAAGAGGUCUUGCUUAUAAUUAUAAUUAUUAAUAAUAUAAAAAAAUAUUAUAAUUGUAGGAAGAGAAAAAUCUCUUAAAUUAAAUUUCAGAUACAAUAGAAUAAAAGAUGAUUAUAUGGAAGAAAAGAUUAAGAGAAAUAUAGAUGAAAUAAUUUGAGAAUGAAAAAUCAAUUAAUGUUUAAUAAUAAUAAUAUCCUCAAUUGACUGCUAGCUUUAUGACAGAGCCUGAAGUUUAAAUUCCAUAAGAUUAAUCAUAUUUUAGGAAAAUAUAUAUUAGAAUGAUAAUUUGGAUGAGAAAUGAUAAUCAAUAAAUAAAAUUUAUGCCAUUUCACAUUUUGAUGGAUUAUAUCUUAUAAUAAAAUAAACGACUUUAGAGACAUGUAUUUAUUUAGUUAGAAAAUCAUUUAAUGAAUGAUACUACAUCUUAUGAAGAAGAGAUGAAAAAUCUUGAGAAAAUAUAUAGAAGAUUUUAUUAAGAGAUUUGUAAAAAUAAAGAUAAAUUAAAUGAUGCAGCUUUAGAUAAGAUUAUUUAAAAAGCUAUGGAUAAAUAUAAGAAAUUGUAUAAACCAUAUAAAUUUUAAUAAUAUAAUAAAUAUGUAAACUAAUAUUAAAUGAAUUAUAACUUAAGUAAAGAACUUAGAUUUGUACAUAUUGUUGAUGAAAAAGAGAGAAUAGUUUUAGAAUAAACAAAAUAAAAAUAUCCAAUAAAUAAAUUAAUAUAAAUGAAAACAUUACAUUUAUUUAGUUUAUUUCUACAAGAUAUAUUUAAAUAUUGUUUGAUUAAGUGGGAUACUAUAACUAAUAUUAUAAUUAUUUGUUAUUAUUUCAAAAACUAUGCUCUUUUAGGUAUGGUAUUACCAAUAAUUAUGUUUGUAUGGGGAUUAAUAGAUAUAAAUACUAAGACAUUUUGGAUUAUUUCUUAUUCAUUAUACUUUUUCAUAAUUUUAAUGAUAUUUGUUGACUCUAUGUAUGGAGUCUCAUACAGUAAGCCAAAUAAAUCUACAUAGUAUAUUCCAUGGUAUUACAUAUUAGAUAAUAGUAAUACAUUAGGAUUAUUUUAUGAAAUAUUUACAAUAUGGUUAAUUACAUUCUAAGUAUUCCUAUAAAAAUCAUUUGGUAUUUUUGAUUACCCUUUCACAUAGAUAGAAAAUAUAUUUCAAGGUUAUAUCAGAUUAAAAUUAAACAAUUUUAAUAAAGAUAUGGUUGAAGAAAUAGUAUAAGAAUCAGAAAUACAGAGAUCAAGAUCUAAGUCAGAAAUAGGUAGAGUAGAGAAUCCUGAAAUAGUGAGAAUAGAAUUAGAGAGUUAAUUAUAAGGAAAAUUGUAAUUGGAAAAAUCAAGUUUGGAAGAAGAACCUGAAAGUAUAAUGUUAAAAAUAGGUAAUGAUUUAGAAAGAAAAAUUGCUGCAAAUCCUGAAAUCUUAAGUGAUAAAUAUUAACCAGGAUUUUUUGAGAAAAUAAUGUCUUAUGAAUAUGCAAGACCAGGCAUAGAUCUUUAUUUAGCUAUAGCUUUUGUUUAAGUAAUCCUAUUUUUAUAUAUGUUAUUUUUUUUCAAUUUCAUGACUGGGGAAUCAUAAAAUAUUGAAGGGUACUUAAAAUAUAAUUAAGUACCUGCUCAAUUAGUAUUAGCAUUAGUAUUUUAAAUGUUAUUUAUGAUGAUUGAAAGGUAUAUUGAAUUAAGAGGAGAUUAAAAAUAUAUUAAAAAUCAAGAAAAAGUAAUAUAUAAAAAUAAAUACAAAACUUAAUUUGUUUAAAAGUAUAUAUUACAAGUAGUAAUUCUAAUUUUAGUAUUCUUUUUUGUUUAUUGCUAUUUAUUAAAACUUUGGAAUAGAACUAUAGAAGAUUUUUCAGAAUAUAAUACUUCAAUUGUAAUAUAUUUUAUGUUAUUUUGUGCUUAUUUUUAUUUAUCUGCUCUUUAACUUAGAUAUGGAUAUAGAGAAUUAAAGGUAAGAAAUCAAUUUUUGUAUGUUUAUAAUUCACUUAGCUAUUAUUUUGCUUUAAUGUUCUAUUCAAUUCCAUUUUUAUAUGAUUUAAAGGUAUUGAUGGAUUGGACUUGUUUAUAUACAUCUCUUGAUAUUUAUUAAUGGUUUACUCUAGAAGAUAUUCAAAGAUAAUUGUAUUUUACUAAAAUAUCUUCACAAAAAGUAAUGAAAAGACAAUUAGGAUUACAAAUAUCAAAGAUAACUAAAUUUAUUUUCUUUUUCUUUGUUAUUUUUAUAUUAAUAUGUAUAUUUGGUCCAUUAAUAUUAUUUUCUGCUCUUAAUCCUGCUGCAUAAGAUAAUCCUAUUGUUAGUGGAACUUUUACAAUUAAUUUAGUUAAUGUUGAUACUAACUUAAAUGUUUAAUUUUAUGAAUCAAGUUAAUUAUUUGGAUUAGAUUUACCAAUAUUAAGAGACUAUUCUGAAAUUAAAAUUCUAACUAAAUAAGAAAAAAUUACAAAAUAAUAAAUAGAUAAUUCAGGAGGAAUCUAAAGAUUUUAAUUAUCAGACUUUUCAAAUUCUAAAUGGUAAGUCUCACUUCCACUCUAUACUUAAUUAAUUAGAGAAUUAGAUCAAACUUUAUCUUUAUAAGAAGAUUAUGCUUUUAUGUUUAAUGUAACUUUUAUAUUUAGAAGACGUUUCUAAUUUUUAUUUCCUACAGUAUAUAAAUUUUCAUAUCCUUAUAAUCCUCUAAUAAAUGGAAAUAAUGGUACUGCUAAAUUAGGAAGAGAUCAACUCAGAUAUAUUAAACAAGCUGCCUUGAAUUGUAAUGAUACAGGAAUUAUGUUACCCAAUUUCUAUAUUGAAGCACUUAGAAUUUAUCAAAGUUCGGCAACAAAUUAUAAUACAACUCCUAUUUAUGGAAGAGAUCUUAAAACCGCUUAAGAUGUUUUCCUUAAUAUUAAUUGUUCAUAUGGUAAUGAAAAUCCUCUAUAAGGAGUGUCUAAUUGGGAAUUUUAAUAUGCAGGAAAUAGUAAUUUAUUUUCUAAUUCAUCAAAUAUAACUUUGGCUAAUGGAUUAUUAUAUUUUGUAGUUUGUGAUAAAUUCUCAGUCUUAACAAAUGGAUUAAGUGUUAUUACAAUUUAUACUACAAUUAUUCUUCUAAUAGCCAAAUGCAUAAGAAGCACAUUUUCCUCUCAAGUAUUUAUGUUAGAAUUUACAUAAAUGGUUUAACCAGAUGAUUUAUUAUCAAUAUGUUAGGCUGUAUCUGUAGCAAGAUAGCUUGAAAACUAUAAAAAGUAUUAUAAAUAUUUUAUAUUUUAAGAGAGAAUUUAUUGUAUUUUGAAUUGAUAGACAUUUUACGUUCUCCAGAAUUAGUAAAAGCAAUGACUGGUGCAUGGUCAGAGAAGUUCGAAUCUUAAUACAUGAAAUAAAAAGAAAUUAAAGAAGAAUAAUUGUAGAAUCAGGAAUAAUUAAAAGAAGAAUCAAAAAAAUUAAAAUUAGACUGA